GUUUCCACUUCGGGGGUUGGGGGACAGAAAGACACGCCGUUGGUCUCUCUAACGUUUUUUUUCUACGUUCUCUCUGUGCUGUCAGCUGCAGGACAGAGGGAGAGGAGUGAAACUUUUUCAUUGAAUCGUCACACUUCUUUGUAUCCGCGCAAUGGGGGAUAUCGAGGCUCCCGACUCAACGAGAUCGCGCCAUGCAAUUUUCUCUCUUCUGCCGACCAAAGAGUUCGUUACAUCCCGAAAAGGAACGCUUCUUAUCGGCGAAGUGAUCCUGUCCUUUGUGGACUUUAUUUGCUUCGUAGCGUCCACAGCAGCUGCGUUUGUGACUGCUCCUCUCAUAGAGUUCCUGGCGGCUCUUUUCCUCCUCUUCGCCUACUCCACCAAGAUCAAUGAGCGCUUCAAGGGCUUCCAUUGGCCCCUGAUGGACUUUUUGCGUUGUGUCAGCGCAUCCAUCAUCUUCUUCAUCAUCUCCAUAAUUGCCGUAUCCAAGUAUCCUGAUGGAGCUUCCAAAGCAGCAGGGUUAUUUGGUUUCAUCGCCACCAUAUUCUUUGCACUCGACUUCUAUUUGAUCUUUAACGACCUCGCCAAUUUCCUCAAAGCGGGAGGCGGAGGGGAGUCAACUGACGACCCACCCACACCCCCAGAUGACUCAGAUUCCGACUCGGACUGAGGAGGGGGGGAUUUACCAGAAUGACACUGGGUCGAGGCGUCCAUUCUAGUGCCUGAUGGAAAAUAAGAAUUGCCUUCUUGAGUCCACUGACCACUGAUCUUUCACCACUACAGAUGAAUGCUGUAUUGUACCUCACACUCACUGAUGAUAACAGUCAAAAGCAUUAUCUUUUGGACUAUUGUUGAAGUGUUUUUGCUUUUGGUUUAUAAAGUGAAGGCCAUACAGUUUGUUUACAAUGACUACCACCCUUCACCCCCAAUCCCCCCUCGCUGUUUGAGUGUAUGCUUGAAGCUGUGAAUGUCUCGCAGUAGUUUUCCUAGCUAGCUCUGAGUUUGUUUACCGGGCUAAAUCAGGACAAGUCAGAUGACUUUAACCUUUUUUACAAAGAUGAAUCCAAUAGACAAAGUAUGUAAUGAAAAAAAAGCCUGUCUGCUCUCUUUUCAUAUGUAUAAAAUGUUUUUAAAAAUGUACUAGUUGGGAGAUUUUUUUUUAAUACAGUUACAUUAAAAUGAUUAGCGACGUUGCUUGUUGAAAGUGGAGGGUAGAGACAGCCAUCUUAAGUGUAACUGAGUUUCUGCACUCUCUUCAUGUUUACAAUCUUAAAGUGACCACAGCAAGUGUUGUCAGGUGACCCUCUCUUGCCCUUUUUAACAGGAUUAUUUGUACAGGACAAAUAUAGAUAUUGUAACAAACCAAAGCUAAUGACGGUAUCGAAGACGAAGAAGUUAAGCCAUGGUCUUUAAAUGCUAAUAGCACUUCUGCCCAGAAACUGCACUGUUUUUCUUUCUUUCAUACAGUAUGUCAAGGGAUGAAUACUGAGAGGUCAUAUUUAGAAAGACAAGAGAAGCAUUAGUAUUAAAUGAAUGCUGUGUAGGUAUACAGUGCUUAAUGCUGAACAUAAACGUGAACACUGUGUUACUUUGGAGGUAGCAAAACAGAACUUGUAAAUAGGGACAUACAUAUAGAUACUAUUGCAAGUAUUGGUUUACGCAAAAUUACAGUUCUGGGUUCAUGAAAACAUCAAGUCAAUCCAGGGUCUCACAGAAAAUGCAUGGGCUCAGAUUUCAGAGUUUCGGACUUCAAAGAGGCUUGCAUGGCCACAAAUUAUAUUGAGCUUUUUUACAGUUUUGUUUUUUCUCCAAUUAUAAGUCUUUGUGGAAGGCACUAAAAAUCCAAGGUUAUAUCAAAGAUGCACUGCUAAUGCCACGCUUCCUAACUCAUCCUCCACAACCACCAUGCGUGUGUGUGUGCACCCAUGUACGUGACUGUGUGUCGUGAAAUUCCAAGCUUGCCUCAUCACAGGGUGAAACUGCCAAUAAGUUUGUAAACUGAAAGCCAUAUAUAUCCAAUAAACAUGUGUUC